AUGAAUGAUGAAAGACAUGGAAAGAUCCAAGAGGCCGAGUUUCACCGCGUCUAUAAUGUCAAUGUCUUGGCCCCUCUCCUCUUGACCCAGGCUGUCGCCCCGCAUCUUCCCACAAACCGCGCGGGCCGCAUUGUCAAUGUUUCCAGUGUAUCUUCGUCUAUCGGGUAUCAGGGCCAGUCUGUUUACGCUGGGAGUAAAGCGGCCUUGGAAGCAAUGACACGGACCUGGAGUCGUGAGCUGGCUACUCGUGCUACGGUCAAUGCUGUCAACCCCGGGCCUGCUUGGGGGGAUAUGUACGCAGCCGCUGGACAGACUUUCUGGAACAUAAACCAGCCUUAUGUUGACGCAGCCCCAUUGGCGCAGUACAACGGGGAACCGGAGGUUUUGGCUAUGGCUGGGACUGAUGCUGAACGCUUUGAUCGAACUGUACGUGAGAACAUGGGUAAUCGAAGGCCCGGGUUUACGACCGAAAUCGCCGGUACAAUUGAUAUGCUCUGUUCAGAAGAGAGUGGGUGGACAACGGGAAGUGUAAUUUGCGCGAACGGAGGCAUGAAAAUGUCAAUCGCGUAG